ACCGGAAGUUUAUCACCAAGUCGCGCCAAAGAUAAGAAUUCAAUAGUAAAUAGAGCCACUAAUAAAAUAUAGUAUAGAAGUAUAGUAAUAUAGAUCUAGUAAUUGUUUACAAAUCUAGAUCUAGACAUUGGCAAACUAUGAAAUCUCUUAAAUUAGCGCACAAUGAUGGUCACACAGACGUCUGCUAUGAUUCAUCUGGCAGCUUUAUACUUACAUGUGGCAGUGAUGGUAAAGUUUGUAUAUGGGAGGGCAAAGAUGAUACAGACACUUCAUCUGUCAAUCUUGGCGACAAAAUUUUUGCUAUUGCAUUUCAGGGAGGAAGAUUCUUUGCAGCUACAGAGGAAAACACAAUUCGUAUUCAUACAUUUCCUGAUGGCGUGAGUGAUGGAAUGGUUACAAGAUUCACUGCCCCUUGUCGACAUUUUGUUGUUAGUGAUGAUGGAUCCAUGUUGGUUGCUGGUGCUGAUGAUUUCAAAAUUAAAGUCAUAUCAAUGGAAGAGAAUGAGUGUAUCUGUUUGUACUCGGAACAUCAAGCACCAAUCUUGAGUGUGUCCAUUGAUCCAACUAAAGAAUUCAUUGCUUCCUCCAGCUGUGAUGGAACUGUCAAAGUUUGGCAUGUCAUUGAUGGAACCACAGAAAAAACUCUGAAUUUGUUAAGCAAAUGUAGUGAUCCAGGCCAAGCUAAAUCAUUGUGCAGAAUGUGUUGGUCCACAGAUGGUGAAUUUCUGCUCAUUCCUGUUGGCAAUGAAAUUCAGGUGUAUUUGAAUUCAUCAUGGGAGAUUGUGAAGAAGUUGAGCCAUCCAAAUAUUACUGAUACUAUCAAUGUAAUGAUAAUGUGUCCAGAUGGGAAGCACAUAGCCGUGGGCUGCUCCAAUGGGGACAUUGGUAUAUUUGAAUUGCAGAGCGGCAAACUGAUAGACAAACACAGCCAUCCGAAACAUCUGCCAAUUACUUCGUUAGCCUGGAAUCCUAACAGUUGGAGUGAGCUGGCUUUCUGUGAUAAUGUUGGUCAGCUUGGUUUUCUAGAACUUGUGAUGGCUGAUAAAAAAGAACAAGCUCCCAAGGUGACUAAUGGGACAUCCAUCUUUGACGAUGCGGAUGAUGAUGCCUUGAUGACUGCAAGUGGACAUGUGGCGCCAAGGGAUGAUAUAGAUAAAUACUUAGAGGAUGAUGAUAACAGUAUUGACAUUGGCAGCAUAAAGCGAAGCUUGAAUCUUGAUAAUGAGGAUGAGAAUUCAGUUGCAGCAAGCAGAGAUGGAGAUGACAAUAAAAUUGCCCCUGCCCCAGUGUUUACCCUUCCUCCAGAUUUAUUUAAACCCACUCCACCACAACCCCCAUUUCAACCUGGAUCAACACCAGAGCACCUGUCCAGUAGAUUUAUGAUGUGGAACAAUGUUGGAAUCAUCCGUCAGUAUGUAUCCGAGGAGGAGAAUUCAAUUGAUAUAGAAUUUCAUGAUACAACAACCCACCACGCCCUACACAUAGACAACAAAUCAGAGUAUGUGCUGGCUGACCUUUCAACUCAAGCUGUACUGUUGGCAUCAAAAGAAGAGGAUGACACUUGCAGCAAGUUGUUCUGUAUGCAUUUUGGUUCCUGGGAUACUCACAAAGAGUGGUUUUACACCAUGCCUAUGGGCGAGGAAAUUAAGGCAAUCACAGCAACAGACACAUGGGUGGCUGUGGCCACAGAGUUGCGCAACAUCAGAAUAUUUUCUAUUGGUGGUCUUCAGCGCCAAGUGUUUUCUAUCCCUGGCAAUGUGGUGGCUCUGGCUUCUCACGGCAACCAAUUGGUUGUUGUGUAUCACAAGGGUAUGGGACUUCCAGGAGACCAGCAUCUGGGAGUAUCUGUCAUUUGUGUACAUGGUCGAUCCAGGAAGAUGCUGAUCAAUGGAGAUAGUCUCCCUUUAUCUCCUAAAUCUAAAUUAUCAUGGAUUGGUUUCUCAGAAGAAGGUUCAGUUUUUUACAUGGAUGUUGAUGGAGUAGUCAGGAUGUUGAAUAGACAGUUUGCUUAUACUUGGAGUCCAGUGGCUAAUACCAAACAACAUGUUAAAGGCAAGUCUGACCAUUACUGGCUUGUUGGUGUUAGUGAGAGAUUACAACAAAUCAGGUGUGUUCCAUGCAAAGGUUCCAGGUUCCCUGCUACGUUACCUCGUCCAGCACUUGCUGUUCUCCCAUUCCAGUUACCUUUGUGUGAGCCUGAGUCUGAGAAAAGUCAAUAUGAAGAAUCUUACCAGCGAAGCUACCUGUUUGCUAAAAGUUUGUCAGAUUAUGGCAUGGACAGUGAAGAUGUUAAUAAACAGUAUCGAGAAUCUUUGAUUAAGCUGUUUGCUUUUGCAGCCAAAGCCAGCAGAGAUUUCCGAGCGCUGGAAGUGUGUGAUAUGAUGGAGGAUCAGAGUCUUUUACAUCUGGCUGCAACCUAUGCCACACGUCUGAAACGCAUUCAGUUGGCAGAGCGCGUGAGUGAGAUCAUGCAGAGGAGGCAAGAGGAAGAGGAAGAAAAUGAAGACGAUGGUGAUGAAAGAAACAUUCAUUUCUCACAAAGCUUAAGAUCCAAGGGCAAUACUGUCAACAGUGAUGAAGAAAACGACAAUGUAAAUAUGACAUCAGAAUAUGAUGAAAGCACAACUCCUGAUGUCAAAAGAAUUCUAAAUGGUCCAAUGCUGAAAACGCAUACAGAAAAAGAAAACCAUAAAGUCCAAGAGAAGACAACUCCAAGGUACAAUCCUUUCAAGAUUUCUAGAUCUGAUUCUUCAGAAAAAAGAUCCAUUAAAGGGACACAAGUGUUUGAUAAGAUUGAAAAAGUGACACCUAAAAGUUCUGGCAUCAUUGCACCACUUCCUGUCUCUAUUAAAAAAUCUACAAAAAAGCCAUCAAGCGGGCAAGCUAAACUAUCAAUGUUUAAUACCAAGACUGAAAAACUGUCAAGUAAAACUAAUGAAGAUAGAGCUGUAAAUGCCAAGAGCCAACAUUCAAAUUCACAAGAAACUUCCGAAGGCCCAGUUUUCAAAAAAAAAAUCAGUGCAUUUAGUUUAUGGUUUGAAGAAGUGAAACCAGAACUUCAAGAAGAACAGCCAGAUUUAUCUCUAGACGAUGUCAGCCAACUGGCAACUGAAAGAUUUAGAAAUUUACCAAAGGAAGAAAGAGAGGUAUGGGUACAAAAAGCAAAAUCUUCCAGUGAAUGUGGAAAUGUCAAAAAAAGAAAAUUAUCUGAGAACGACACAGACCCAAGCCAGGAAACUAAAGCACCGCAACAUGCCACUGCCAAGUUAGCUAAAUUUGCCAAAUGUGAUUAAAGUUUUACAUUGAAACAUAAAAUAUUGUUUUAGCUCUAAGGUGGCAUCAAGGAGUUUAUUGUGGAUUAGCAUGGACAGAAUUAGAACCCAUUGCUGAGAAUCACAAGACCAGAGCUCACUAAGCAGUUAUUAAAUUAUAUGAAUCUGUUGAUGUUAAAUUUGUAAAAUAGUAUCAUGUAACCAAACAGUUGGUAUUAGUGGUAGAAUUAUGUUGAAUACAGUUCAUUCACAAGAAAUAAAAGACAAAUCAUAUAUAUUUUUAUAUAUAAAAUAUAAGUAUCUGGUUUGAUAGGUUAUAUGGUUUAGUGACAUAGAUCACUUCAUAAAGAUAACUCAUUUGGAGUUCAAGAUUUGAAUUUAAGUUGCGUUUACGAAGUGCGUCAUCACAGUGAGGAAACAUCCUCCCUGAUGUGCCUAUAAUUAGAGACCACAGUGUAUUGAGUUUGCUGCACUAGCAUAGAUAAUCAGCAUCAUCUGUCCCUUGACUUUAGUUGUAGGGGUGCUGUGACAAAUUGCAUAACCAAAUCCCUCUGUCAGUUCUUAGCAAGAUAUCAAGAGAGAGGCCGGUCCAUUCUUUUACAUUGUCCAGCCAGCUUUUCUUUGGACAACCGUUUCUUCAAGCUGUACUUUGAAGGAUGACUUUUGAUAGUGAGUCCUAUCUUACAAUAUGACCAAACCAGUUCAGUUUUCAUUUCUCACAAUAUUGAGGAGUUUUUCCUUUCUGCCUGCCAGAACGAUGACUUGUAAAAGUAUAAACUUAUUUUGUCUUCUUUUCCUGAUAUCCAGCAUUUUUCUAUACCAUUUACUCUCAAAGGUUUGAAUUCUUUUAGCCUGAGCUAUACAAAAAAAUACUAAUCAUAUACAUACAAAUUGUUGCUACUAAACAAAGAAAUUUUGAAGACAUUAAAUUUAUAUCUUGUCAUCUAGCAAUAGAAUAGAAGCAGUAUCAGGGGUUUGAGAGUCUUGGUGGACAGGCAGCUAAAUGUAAAACAUUUAGAUCUAGUCCUAGUAAGUAGUUAGUGUACAGUCAUAUCAACAAACCAGUAAUUGAGAUAUUGGUCAAUAUUUGUUUGUGUUAAAGAAUUGAUUCACUUCAAUCCUUUUUACAUGUAAAGUUAUUUCAAUGUUUUGUACAUGUACAAAUAUUUGAUGGACUCACUGGGUCACUUUUAUUCUUUUGAUUUUGUUCAUUGUAACCUGUUGUCAAAUUUUUAUGAACUUCUGUGGCAGUCAAGACUGCAAUAUAUACUAUGAUUUACUGGUGUGGCAGUCAAUUCAUACUAUGAUUUACUGGUGUGGCAGUCAAUUCAUACUAUGAUUUACUGGUGUGACAGUCAAUUCAUACUAUGAUUUACUGGUGUGGCAGUCAAUUCAUACUAUGAUUUACUGGUGUGGCAGUCAAUUCAUACCAUGAUUUACUGGUGUGACAGUCAAUUCAUACUAUGAUUUACUGGUGUGGCAGUCAAUUCAUACUAUGAUUUACUGGUGUGGCAGUCAAUUCAUACUAUGAUUUACUGGUACUUAUUUUUUUAAAAUAAUGUCCCUCUUCCUGCAGAUUUUGACUUCCAUUUUUUAAUGUAAGUAAAUUGUUUUUAAAUUCUCUGCCAUAUUUUUAAUGUGCACAUGUUUGUUAUUGGCUUCCUGUAUGUUUACACAUUUAUUUAUUGCAAAUAUCUGUUUUCCUUCUAAUUUUUGAUUGAAAUAAUAAAAGGCCUAGCUGUA